CAGGAUAUCUAUUAAUAACUGUCCAAAAAGAAACCUUCCUGUGCAGAGGGGCUGCCCCAAGCAUCCAGAGCCACGAUGGAAGAGGAAGCAGGUGAGGCCCCAGGGCUGGGCAGGCCUGCUGCUCCUAAGGAUUUCCACUUUUAUCACGUGGAUCUGUACGACUCUGAAGACAGACUGCAGAUCUUCCCGGAAGGAAACGCUCGGAUGCGAAGAGAGGUAGUCCAGGCUGAAAUGACCAAUGAACCAAGAGCAGCCGUGAAAGGGAAGGCUCCGAGAGACCUUGAAGAAGAAGUGGAUGAACUUGUCCAUCUUUACGGACUUGAAGAUGAUCAUGAAUUAGGCGAUGCAUUCAUUGAUGAAAGCAUGCCCAGAAUAGAGGUUUCAGAGUAUCCUCCUUAUGGGAUGACGGGGAGAGAAGCAGCCAGGGAGCAGAGAGACUGGAGACUUAGCGGGGAGGAGGCUAAUGCAGAGGACCUGAGCUUGGGGGGCUGGGGCUCGGCGGGCCAGUGCCAGGACUUGCGGGAAGCCUAUAGGUAUACCCAUGGCCGUGCCAGUGAGGAGUAUGAAUGCUACGUCAUCCCAGAGGAGGAAGACGAGGAUGAAGCUGCGGAUGUCUUCUGUGUCACCUGCAAAACACCAGUCAGAGCUUUGGAGGUUUCUGAUGAACACAAGGAACAUGAGGUAACCCCACUCCAUAAAGCACUGGAAAGUGCCAAGGACGAAAUUCACAAAAACAUGUACAAACUGGAAAAGCAGAUUAUUGAGAUGGAAAAUUUUGCAAGUCACUUGGAGGAGGUUUUCAUCACUGUGGAGGAAAAUUUUGGAAGACAAGAACAAAACUUUGAGUCACAUUACAACGAGAUCUUGGAAACACUUGCUCAAAAAUACGAAGAAAAAAUACAAGCUCUAGGGGAGAAAAAGAAAGAGAAGCUAGAAGCCUUGUAUGGACAGCUGGUCAGCUGUGGAGAAAAUCUUGAUACCUGCAAAGAACUAAUGGAAACAAUAGAGGAGAUGUGUCACGAAGAGAAGGUUGAUUUCAUAAAGGAUGCUGUGGCCAUGGCUGACAGACUCGGAAAAUUCCUGAAAACAAAAACAGAUGUUGAGAUCUCGACGCAGCCUGACUUCGACGACCAGACUUUGGACUUUUCUGAUGUGGAGCAGCUGAUGGACUCUCUUAACACCAUCCCAGCUCCUUCUGCUCCAGUGAUAAACCCACAGGCCCCCAACUCCGCCACAGGUUCCUCGGUCCGAGUGUGCUGGAGCCUAUACUCCGAUGACACCGUGGAGAGCUAUCAACUGUCCUACCGGCCAGUGCGGGACAGCUCACCUGAGAAGGACCAAGCAGAGUUUACGAUGACCAUCAAAGAAACAUAUUGCUCAGUGACAAACCUUGUGCCAAAUACCCAGUAUGAAUUUUGGGUCACAGCUCGGAACAGAGCUGGCCUCAGCCCCGCCAGUGAGCAUGCAGUGUACAUGACAGCACCUUCUCCCCCAACCAUAAAAAGCAGAGAGAUAAGGAGCUGUGAAGAGGCUGCGCUGAUCUGCUGGGAGUCUGGGAACCUGAAUCCUGUGGACUCAUACACAGUGGAGCUGAGCCAGGCAGAAGCACCAGGAGCCUCAGGUGUAACUGAGUCUGUUGUGGGCAUCCCGACCUGCGAGUGCCUGGUGCAGCUGCAGCCCCGGCAGAGCUACAUCAUCUACGUGCGAGCCCUCAACGUGGGGGGCCCCAGUGCAAGGAGCCAGCCUGCUACGGUCCACACCACAGGCAGCUACUUUCACCUGAAUGAGCACACGUGCCAUCCCUGGCUGACCAUUUCUGAAGAUGGGCUCACAGUUGUACGAAGUGAAAGGAGAGCCCCUGCCAGCGAGCUGCUCCCCAGCGACACCCGCUUUACCAGGUGUGUUGCUGUCAUGGGAAAUCUAAUUCCAGUCCGAGGGCGCCAUUACUGGGAGGUGGAGGUGGACGAGUGUUUGGACUACACAGUGGGUGUGGCUUUUGAAGAUGUCCCCAAACAGGAGGACCUGGGAGCGAACCACCUCUCCUGGUGCAUGAGACACACGUUUGCAUCAUCAAGGCACAAAUACGAAUUUCUACACAACAAGACGACUCCAGACAUAAGAAUAACGGUUUCCCCAAAGAAGAUUGGCAUCCUAUUAGACUAUGAAAAUUCAAAACUGUCAUUUUUCAACGUGGGUCUUUCUCAGCAUCUGUACACAUUCAGUUGUCAGCUUCACCAAUUCGUGCAUCCCUGUUUUUCUCUGGAAAAGCCUGGAUGUCUAAAGAUACACAAUGGCAUUUCAAUGCCAAAGCAUGUCACUUUCUAUUAGACCACAUUCUGAUGCUGAGCAUCCUCUCUUCGGUACCUACUCCUCUCCCAGCCACUCACACCUCAGCUGGCUGAAUUGGGCAUCCAAGCCCCAUGCACUCAGCAUCAUUUAUGGCUCAUGUCAUUAUCUGGCGGACUGGUGUGCUGGCAUUCACCGCACCUGACCUGGGUCUUGUGCGCUGCCACUUGUGUGAUGCUAGAUUAGUCAGUCAGUUCCAGGCCCUAAUGUAAAAUGAAGGCUCAGACUUUCAGGUGGUCAAACUGUAUUGGUCUAUUUGUGUACAUAAGGCCUGUGGAGCUUGGGAGAGGAGGAGGAAAGAGAGACGGAAGAGUUAGUGGUUUUAGUCCACUGGUGACAUUUCAUUAGUCAGCCAAGAACAGACCUGAGACCGCAAGAGGCCACCCACAAAGAGAACCAGGGAAGCCACGUGGCCUUGCCCUCUCCUGUUUUGCUAGUGUUAGUGGCACUCCAGUGAGGUUUCUCCCACUGAACACAGAACACUCUUUCUAACAACUGUUCUUCCCCUUCAUAGUACUCACCUCUCUAAUUUUGAAAUGAUCUUUGUAAUGCCUAAUUCCAUGAAGGCAGGACAGUGUCUGUCUUGUUCGUCACUCAACCCCCAAUGGCUAAUGCGUGCACACCAAAUAUUUGUUGAAUAAAAGAGCAUCUUCUUCAAAAA